CACUGUCACCCUGGCAUCAGGAACAAGUCAACAGACCGGCGUGCUUCGUGUAAGGAGCAGUUUGCCUCGACGCGGUAAGCAGGCAGCACCUGAAAACAAGUUCGUGUUGUGUUCUCCUCCUCCUCCUCCUCCACUGCCGGCAGCCGUAUUUCGGCGCAUGAGAAGAAGAGACAGAAAGUAGGCAGACGAGCCCAAAAGGACCAGCACUACGAGGCGCAAGUGUUUUGACCGCCGCUUCGUUUCUUGCGCCCGGUUUGGUGGCUUGGCCAGACUUUGGGUGCCAGUGUUGAAGAGUGCGUGUUCCUGAAAGCAAUCAGCGCGCGUCGGCACUCGUACACACACCAUACAUGCGGAGCCGGUGAAUUUUGCGAGCAUCACAUUUUUGGCUAGCAGCGUGCCAGACCACUCGGCCACGCUCAGAGCAAAUUGGAUGGCCUUCAGUAGGUUGGGUGGCAUAAAUUAAAAGAUGUACCGGUCGCAAGUUCUGCUGUCGCCUGGGGAUGAGCGCGCAAGCACCGUCGUGGUGCAGAAUGGUCUGAUUCGACGCCGUGUGUGCGGCCUCAACACGACGCUACCGUCGUCGCCGCCGGUGGCUGUGCUGCAUGACGCCACCAACACGAUCAACAGGUCACCCGUCAGGACGCCGACCAAAGUCCAGCCAAAGGCAUCGCCCGCACUUCAACCUAGGAGCAGCAGGGCGGCCACCCUCGCGGCUAAGGUCGCGUCCAACAACUUCAGAAACAAAGCGGAGCUUGACUUGGAGCAGAAGAUAGAACUGGAAAUCAAGAUGCGAGAGGGCUCGGCCAAAUUGCUGGCCGCGAGUCGGCAGCAAUCACAGACACUGGAGGCGGCUCGCUCUCUGCUCACGAGCAAUGAACGCAUGAGCGCCUACAUGGCCGAAUUGCAAAGAAGGAAAAGCACAAAUACGUCUCAAAGCAGAACUGGACAAAGUCGAGCGCGCGUUUCAAUAUCCGAGCUGAGGAUGCCGUUGAUGUGGCGCGGCGUGGACCACUUCAAGAACAAGGGAGACUACCGCCGCUUUGCAGUCUUCUGUCUGGCUCGCCUUGGCACGGACAUUUUCGACACUACUCUGGUGACCCCGGUGGACAGGUCGAUGACUGACGUCACCUUCCCUGAUUCCAUUGUUUUCAACGACGUGCCCUCUGACUUCACUCUACGCCUUGAGGUGUACAGUCAUCUUUUGGCUGAAGACCUCAGCAUGGCUUCUGCGCCUCGCAAACUUCAGCGCACAAUUCACUCAUCCAUCAGCAGAACUGUCGGCAAGAAGUUGGCCGCCUCCCUCAAGGAUGAGCUGCACGCCAAGCUAGGGCCGCAGUUUCAUCUGGUUGCAUCUGCCAAUCUGAAUCUCGGAGACGUUGAUGACGGUGUUCGAACCCAUGAUUUGGAAAUCGAAACACUUGAUAACCGUCUUCAUGAGCUGCCAUUGUUUGGACAUUUCUGCUGCCGCUUGGCAGCGCAGCCCAACUGCAUGGGCAAAGAGUUAAUGAGCGGCGACGUUUUGCUCCGGACAAGUGCCGAAGCCAGCUUAACUCGCGCCUACCUCUCUCUCAAAAGCUUCAACUUGUCUGCGUGGCCUUCAAGACAGCUUGUCUCUGAGCAGCAACCAGUGUCUAUCCUCGUGGACAAGGAAACAACAAUUCAAACUGGCAGCAAUCGCAUCUAUGUCUCAAGGCUAGACUCAGGCAGGCAAGUCACCUGGGCUAUUGAGUCCAAUGCGUCAGAUGAUUUGCAGCGCUGGAUCAAGGUUUUGACCAAGAGUUCUCAAGAUCACGCCAGAUGGAAAAAGGCAUCAGAGAGACUAAUGGACAUUCCUGUUGCCGGAACCAAUCGGCACUCAUUUAUGUCCACAUGCAGUCGACAGGGCUCCCUUUAUGACCAAACUCCACUAAUAGAAAACAUGAGCAGUGAAAGAGAGAGGUUUGGUGAGGUGCAGACCUCCAAAAGUCGGCGCACAGUUCAGGAGAUUUUUGGUCUCACCCCUGCUACAAGUCUGAGUUCAUGUGCAUCAUCAACCGCUUCUUCAAAUUCACCGCCAAGCUCAUUCAGGUCUCGCACCUCCAGUGGCUCCGGCUCAAAGUUCAAGGCUUCCUUGAAAGGCCAUUGGCCCUUCAAGAGCAGCGGCUAAAUUCAGUCGCUCCACUUUUGAACCUUUUUUGUGAAAUACAAAGUCUGGAAUCUCACAUUUGCUUUGGCAGUUGAGUUUUCGUGCGACAAUAAUGUCCAGUCUCUAAUUAAAACAUUCCACGCACCCCAAAUAUUGUGUUGUAAAUUGUAUAUAGUAGUUAAGUAAAUAAAAGUUAAAUAUUAAUAUGAA